GUUUGCAGCUGGGUGAGCAGGGGAAUGAAUGCGAGUGGCUGCAGGGAACUGAUCACUGCCCAGCACCUCCAGCCAGCACCACCGGGCUCAGCCGAGGGCACUGGGCAGGGGCAGGGGCUGGGCAAGGUGUGGAGCUCUAGGGAGCCUGUCCAUCGGGCCAUCCCAGCGCAGCGGGUCUCUGUGCCUCGGGGGGCAGCCAUGGGCUGCUGGAGGGUCCCUGGCCCCGUGCUGGCCCUGCUGCUGCUCCUGUGCCCACCUCCCUCGCCAGCCUGCCCAGCUGCCUGCCUCUGCUCCCCGGGAAAGGUGGACUGCAGCGAGCGGGGCCUCCGAGAGGUGCCCUGGAGCCUCUCGACCAACACCAGCACCCUGCGCCUUGGCUACAACUUCAUCACCGUGCUGGGGCCACGCUCCUUCCCUCCGCUGCCAGUGCUGCGGCUGCUCAGCCUGGUCCACAACCGCCUGGAGCUGAUCCACAGCCGGGCGCUGCUGGGGCUCGGGACGCUGCAGGAGCUGGACCUCAGCCACAACCACCUCACUGUGCUGACCCCUGAGACCUUCCAGCCCCUCUCCAGCCUGGCCACGCUCAACCUGGGCAGCAACAGGCUGUGGGAGCUGGAGCCUGGGGUGCCAGGCGCCUUGCCCCAGCUCCAAGCACUUCUCCUGCAGGACAACCCCUGGGUGUGCAGCUGCAGCAUCCUGCCCCUCUGGCGCUGGCUCAGCCACAACAGGGAAAAAGUACGAGAGAAGAGUUUGCUCCUCUGCAGAGCUCCAGAGCAACUGAACAAGUAUCCGAUCAUGGCCUUUGGGGAUGAGUCCUUCAGGCAGUGCCAGGAGACCUUGCUGUCCCCCGAGUACUAUGUCUCCUUCUUCCUCAUUGGACCCUUCUCCUUCAUUGCCAGCAUCUUCUUCUGCACCUUCCUGGGCUCCCUCGUGGUGUUCUACCACAGCCUGCGCCGGGAAUCCCACUGCUGGAGGAGACCUCGCAUCUGCAGGGUGCACUGA